CCAGUUUAUCUGUUUUAGCAUCGCUGAAGUCUGCAGGCCUUUAUUUGCGAUUUCAUUUCCAUACAAUCACAUAAGACAUUGUAAAAUCACUCAAAACCAACUGAGAACCAUUCCCAUAUUGUUCUUAUAGUCAGUAUUUGCGAGUUUUUCCUAUUAAAUAACGAACCAAAGUGCCUACCGUUUAGCUAUCCUCUGUUAUUUUUUGUAAAUAAUUAGCGCUUUCUUUUGUUUUCGUGUGUGUAUUGUGAUUCCUGCGGGUUCUGCGAUGGUCGGAGCUGUUUUCUAGCACAGUCCGGGUUUCAAAAGUAUUUUGCAUGAGGUCACGUCGGGUGCGCCGAGCCCGUAUGGAAGCCGGGCGAGCUGGUGACCCCGCGCAGAGUUGCCGCGCCCCGGCAUGGACGCGCCCGUGUCGCCGCCGCCGCUCCGUGGGCCGCUGCAAGCACCAGCCGGCGAAACGGCGCCCCAACCCGGUCUAGACCCCGAGCCUCCGCGGCCCGCGCCGCGCGCGCUCGCCCCCAUCCCGGAGAGUGAACCGCUGCUCCGCGUUGACAGUGUCCCGCGGAAACCGAACGGGAGGACGCUCCACGUGCAGUUCGACGCGCAGUCGCCGCCGGCGCCCGUGUCCGAUAGUGGUUCCAGCUCGUCGAGCUCGUCCGACGACGAGGAGCUCUCGUUGGCCGAGGCCCGCCCGCCCGACGGCGGCUGGGGCUGGGUUGUCGUGUUCGCGUCGUUUAUGGUUAACUUGAUCGCCGACGGCAUCACGUUCAGCUUCGGCGUAUUUUUCCCGUAUUUCUUAGAGUAUUUCGGAGAAGGUAAAGGAAAGACGGCAUGGAUAGCCGGCAUUUUCAUGGCGAUGCCGCUCCUGUCGGGGCCCAUCGCCAGCUUCCUGACGGACCGGUACGGCUGUCGACUCAUGACUAUAUUCGGCUCAAUAUUAGCGGCCAUCGGAUUCGUGAUAUCGGCGUUUGUAGAAAAUAUGGAGACGCUGUUCCUCACGUUUGGGAUCAUGGCCGGAUUUGGACUAAGCUUAUGCUACGUGGCGGCGGUAGUGAUCGUCGCCUACUAUUUUGAGAAGAAGCGAUCGCUCGCGACCGGUAUAUCGGUUUGUGGGAGCGGGAUCGGUACAUUCUUAUUCGCGCCGCUCACCAACGUGUUGCUAGAUGAGUACGGCUGGCGGGGGACGACGCUAAUCCUAGCCGGAUUUUUCCUAAACAUGGCCGUUUGUGGGCUAUUAUUCAGAGAUCUUCCAUGGACAACUACGAUGAACGCGGAAAAAGCGAAAGAAAGGAAGCGAAAACGAGAAAGAAAGCGGAACAAACGUUUCGGUUCUUCAGCAGACAGUUUUUCAGACAGCAAAAGCAGUGCUGCCGGUUCCGCUAAGAUAGCUGAAACAGUAGAUGUCGAAGCUGUGGCGUCCCCUAUCGUACCACAGUUCAGUUCCUUAGUAGACUUGCCAACAUUCAUGACUGGAGGAGAGAGUGUUUCUUUAGAAGUGUUCGAGUUAAUGUCCAACAAAGGUCGCGCUUAUGCGAUUCUCGCCCAGAAUUAUCCGGGAGUGAUGCUUCCUUCGAGAAGCUUCAGCGACAGUGGGCGUUUGCAUGAGCAAUCCCCACCGAGGGCUUUAAUGUCUCCUGACACUUUAUCCCCUGGUGCUUUGUCACCUACAUCAGCACCCAGGACUCAAGAAAACCGAGAAUUAGGCGACAAGACAGCUCUGUCUCUCUGGUUAAAGAGACAGGCCGCUAAUACCGGGACAACAGGAGUUGUGAAGAAGCCACCAGCGUUCUUGAAGGACUUGAGGAUGCAUAGGCAUUCGCUGACGUACAGAGGCGCCAUGUUGAAUAUCAACAGGUAUCGGCUCCGAGCGUCGUCGUGCCCCAAUAUCUUCAGGAAUUCUAUGACUACCAUUGCUAAAGAAAAGCUCCAAUGGUACGCCGGCCUCUGGGACUUCUGGGACCUCGCCGUGGACGUCCUCGACUUCUCCCACUUCAAGAACCCCGCUUUCCUCGUGUUCGCGUUCUCGAACUUUCUACUGUACAUGUGGUACGAUGUCCCGUACGUGUACAUCGCUGACAGCGGCAUGAGCAUGGGCUUCGACAAGAACGAGGCGUCCAUGCUGAUCUCUAUUAUUGGGAUUUUGAACAUGUUUGGAGAGAUACUCCUGGGCUGGGUGGGCGAUUGGGAGUGCGUGAACCCGAGCCUCGUGUACGCGGCCUGCAUGCUACUAUGUGGAUUCGUCACCUUCCUCAUGCCGUUACUGCCCACAUACCUUGGACUGGCGUCAGCAUCGGGUCUGUUUGGGGCCUUCAUCGCGGCCAACUACUCUCUGACGUCCAUCAUACUGGUGGAGCAGAUCACGUUGGAGAAGUUUACCAACGCGUACGGCCUGCUGCUGCUCAUGCAGGGCGUCGCUAACCUGAUCGGACCGCCACUAGCAGGGUGGGUGUUCGACAUGACCAACUCCUACGACCUGUCGUUCUACAUGGCGGGCGUCUUCAUCGGAAUAUCCGGCAUCGUCCUACUCAUCCUGCCCGUGUACACCCGAGCUCGCAAGUACAACGAGAUGCGGAAACCCCCCGCAGAAGCUAAACAACCCCCUGAUGAGCCUAAAGUUAAUGGGGUCAUUAAGCAGAAUGGGAAAUUAGGCGUCUAAAAAUUAUUAAAUUGUAGGAUUUUUACCGACGCUUAAAUGAAACCAAUGGAGUCAAGUAGAAUGGAAAAGCUUGGCACAAAAACUACCUUAGCAGAAAUUAUCCGUGUGAUUGUGAUUUUAAAAUGACAAUUAAUAUGUGACGUUUUCAACCAAAAGGUACCUCAUUGUCGGUUGUUCAUAAGGUUGAUUUCAAAUUGAAGCUAUAUGGAAAUAGCGCCUUAUUGACAACCAACAAUAAGUAUCCGUUUGAUUGAAAAUGGCACAUACACUUGUAUGAAAUGAGAUUCUCGUAAUGUAUGUCCAAAUGGAUAGCCGCCAUCAGAUUAUUUGAGCGGCCAAGGUGGUCAAAAACAUCUGAACAAGCACUUUAACGCCUUGAGAUAAGGAAAUUGUAAAAUGAAACUUGGUCGUUGCAAGAUGCUUAGUGCAAUUGCAUGUUUAAUGUAGAAAAAAACUGAUUACUAGACUUUGAACCCCAAUAGAUCAGAAGGCCUAUCGCGAAACACGUUCGACGUGUUGCCUCCCUGUCACACUUACGUACGAAUUUACAAGUGCGACAGAGGCAACAAAUCGUGGUUCGUUGUCGGCCCGCUUCUGUAGAUUAGAAUUCUGGAUCCCCCAAAUGCCUUGAUCAUAUUUAAGCAAUAAUUGACCGAAAUAAAUAUAAGUAUCGAAAGAGAACGGUCGCCUAUAGAGAUAUCGGAGCGGCUAAGGCGCUCACAAAUAUCUAAACACGUGUAAUGCUUUACGGCUCGGCCACGAUAUUGCGCGACUGGCGACGGCGGCGCCGGUAAUCAUAGGUGGGUACGAAAGGUCCGAUGGCUGUGUCUCGCUCCAUAUGGUUGCCGCCGCCGCCGUCGCAAGUCGCGCAAUGUCGUGGCCGAGCCGAUGGAGUGAGUGUUCAGAUAUUUUUGAGCGCCCGGCCGCGCCGAUAUAUCCGAUGGCGACGAAAGUUAGAUAAUUUGUGUUGUAAACGAACAAUUACUACCUCGUCGGUGUCUUCAAUUGAUGUGAAUUAGAUAUUUAAAAGGAAAUUAGGUGUUUUUGUGAAAUUCGAGAAAAAUGUAUUGCUUUGAUUGAAAUGAAUGGGAUUAACCUUUUGGACGCCAAUGGCUGAUAUGUCAGCACCGCAGGUCCAACGCCAAAGACGGAUUAAUCGGUCACAGACCACAGAGCAACAUAGACCUACGUGCAUAUGCAUAAAGUUCAAUUUCAGUUUUGACACUUCGGUGACGUGGCGUCCGAGUGACAGCUUUUGUGUUUGACACGGCGUCGAAAAGUUUAAGGCCAGAACCAGAACACACCGUGCGUGCGUAGACGUGCACGUCUAUGUUGGAGCCGUGCACGUGCACGCACACGUUGCGAUGUGUGCCGACUCAUAACACAUUCAGCUCUGAAUUCAGUGUCUGCUGCCCCUAAAUUAAGUAUAGAACAGCGACAACAUGUAGAACAUACAUUAAUAGUUAAUUACGAUACAAGUGCGAAUUACCUAUUCGCACGUGUAUCGUACAACGUUUCACAGUACAUAUGGCCCUUUAAAUUUUCGAUGUAGUUACGUAAUGUGCUUAUUUUAAACACAGGGUGUCGUAAUGGAGCAUCAGAUGUCCAGUAACGUGGUUUUUACAGCUAAACUAGGUGGCGCUGCACGUUUUGCAGUAUUUGGUUUAUCAAAAUGAUUCCAUAAAAUUUACGACAGAGUACAGAGGGCCUAACGCGAACCAUGUUCGACGUGUUGCCUCCCUGUCACUCUUACGAACGAAUUUACAAGUGCGACAGAGAUGCAACACGUCGAACGUGGUUCGCGAUAGGCCUUCAGCAUCUACUAUUGUUGUUAAACCCUAACGAGAAUUUGAGUAACUUUAGAAUACGUCUGCGGGCGGUUGCGUCUAAUUGCCACGACUCUCCCUACAUUUUGUAUGGGUAGCGGCAAUUAGACCGCAAUUUUUUGAGAAUGUAUAUGCUCUUAAACUGCCUACUACCAAUGGCCACAUCUAAUAAUUUUCUGUAAGCAUCACACAAAAAUCACAUAAAAACAGUAAACACAAAAAUCACAUAAAAACAGCAAAAGUACAGACUUUUGUUGUUUACGUCAGAUGUUGAGGUGCCUUUGAAAGGCGCACAGAAAAAUCAAUUGACUCAAUGAAUGACCUGGUUGUUACCAUUUGUUGCCACCAAGUUUUUACCAUUAUUACCAACAAAAACACAAAGGUAACAACUUUGUGGUAACAGUUUAAAAUAACCCGUUAAUAUCCGUUUGAAUGGAAAUGUUUUUGUGUAAUGUUAGAUUAGGAAUUGUAAAAGAUAAUAUAUUAGUAGGGAAUCAAAUUGCGUAGAGUAAAAACACGAACCCCCUAGUUUACAAAUGAAAGUGAUAAAGAAAGACAAAUGUAGGUUUAAUAUAUACCUUUAAAAGGCUAUUUUUGACUAAAUAACAAGAGAUU